AAAAAACCUUCCAGCCUUACCUAUCAACUAAACCACUCUGUCAACCAUGUCUAACUCAGCAAAACGAUCAAUCCUAAUCACUGGGUGCUCCCAAGGUGGCGCUGGCAAUGCCCUGGCUUUAGAAUUUGCUUCCAGAGGUUUUCGUGUCUUUGCCACCGCACGUUCGCUUAAGACACUCAGCAACCUGACUGCCAAGGGCAUUGAGACCCUUACUCUCGAUGUGACCAAACCUGAAAGCAUUGAAAGUCUCAGGGCCGAAAUAGCGACUCGCACAGGAGGCACUCUGGACAUCCUGUUCAAUAACGCCGGUGCCUUGUACGAAGCACCUGCCAUCGAGGCCGACCCUGCCCGCGUCCGCAGCCUGUUCGACACUAAUGUAUUUGGUCUGAUGGAAGUGGUUACGGCCUUUACUCCUCUUCUCCUCGCCUCCGUUUCUUCAAAUUACGCGCCGACCAUCGUCAAUGUUGCCUCAGUUCUGGCGCGACUCCCGAGCCCCUUCUCCUCUGCUUAUAACGCGACCAAGGCGGCUGUAGUGGCCUACUCAGAUACUCUGAGACUUGAGGUUCACCCUCUGGGCUUGAAGGUUGUGACGCUCCAUAUGGGAGAAGUGUCUACCCCACUGAUGGCGACCGACAAUAUCAAUUUUGGAGCCGAAAGCAUUUACCGCGACGCGGAGGACGGUGUCAAACAGAGAACAACGACCCAUCUAGCUAAGACAAUGCCGCCAGAGCAAUUCGCUCGUGAGGUGGCUAGCGCAAUCAUCGAUGGAAAACAAUCAUUCCUCUGGAAGGGCACUAAUGCAUUUCUCGUAUGGCUGCUGAAUGCGUUCGGACCAAGGACUGUCUUCGAUAACACCCUACUCAAGGCAGCGGGUUUGGACGACAAGAAGACUCGGGCGAGCGUUUACAAGCGAGGCCAGGAGCUCGCCCAGCCACGGGAACCGAAAUUAUAA